AUGACCAAUGCUGUGACUGUUACCCUUACCAAUGUUGACGAUGAAGACACAAAACAAGCCUUUGAAGUCAAGUCGAAUCUGGACAUCGAUACAGGCCAAGCAUCAACGUCCGUGAUCCGGGCCAGCCAGAAGUUCUACACUAUGCGCAAUAAUCUCCAAGAUCUACCAAAUGAGAUUAUUGCCCUCCAAUGA